UGCCGUCAGUAGUUCGGGUGUUGGCGUCGUCACGCCGCGUCGGUUUCGCGGGAAAAAAAUAUCGCAAGCACACGCGGACCACCCGCCCCGUACGAGGAGGACGACGAAAAACCGAAAAUUCUAAACGCGCGCUACGGAAACCGACAGACACGAGCGCGGGCAGACCACGACGCGAUCCCGUCACCGCUCCAACCCGUCCGGGGCUUAAUAUUUUUUAUUUAUUUAUUAUUUUUUUUUUUUUACUCCAGUUCGAUUUAAGAUUUAUUUCGUUUUUUUUUCUCUCACCGUUCCACGUGUCACCCGAGUCUGGCGCCAAGCCGCCGACGACUAUACGGGAUAACAACUACGUCGCGUCGUAUUAAUCCACCGUGAAGACGCACGACGACACGAUAAGAGAUAUUAUAUAAGAAUCAUGUGACAAAAAGAUUCCUAGUCUAACGCUGCCCUGUUUACUCACACCUGUCAAAUGAUUAAGUGAUCGGACGCGGACAGGGACCAUGUCGUCGGAGACGGCGCCCAACUGCGGUUACGGUAGCAGCGAGGAGACCGCGUCGCUGCUGGUCAAGAGCCCGCCGCCGGUGGUCCGGUCUUCGUCGGUGGCCGCGACCGCUCCGUCGCCGGCCACCACGGCGGCCGCUCCCACGUCGUCCGGCAAGCCCGUGCUCACCCGGCAGGACUGCACCACUUCGCUGAUCCCGCACCACUACCGGGACCUGCGGAACGCCACGCCGACGCUGGGCAGCAGCGACGACAGCGGGCCGCCAAACGACGGGGGAGCGGCCGCAAGAUCGGUGCCCGACAUCGAGCUGCACUGCCGGUACCUGGCCGUGUCCCGGUGCCAGUGCUUGAGGCGCAAGAGCCACUGCAUCUCGCGGUCCGUGUCCCGGGAGAGCGUCCGCGGCGGCUCGGUGGUCGGCGUCGGAGGCGCGGGCGUCGGCGGCGGCGUGGCCGGCGCGGCCGGUUGCUCGGCCGCCGGUUACGGGUACGGCGGUUACGGCGCCGGCGGCGGUUGCGGCGGCUCGAUCGGCGGCGGCGGCGUCGGGUCCGCGUACGGACUGUCACCGCCGCCGCCCGUCCUGCUCACCACGUCGCCCAGCUCCAGGAUCAUCAGGCAGAGCUCGCAGCCCGAGGCCACCGGAAGCGCGUCCAUGUGCUCCGGCCACUGUUGCCACAACAUUCACCAUCAGCCCAGCUCGUCGCUGCGACAGCUCCGCGACCCGGCCGACAACAUAGCCAUGAUCGCGGCCGACUCGCUGCGGAUAAACGGCGCGAUCAGACAAUUUCGACAGGCGGGAAUCCUGCUCUCAGCUCAGACGUUGGCGGCUCAGGGGACUCAGGCGCGUCGGGCACGACUCAGACGUGCAUUGACAGAAGCUGCGAAUUCAGACACAGUUCCAAUCAUCAAAACGCUGCGAAAGCACACGUCAUCGACAUUGUCGAUCACUAGUGGGAUGAAGGUUAGCGGUUCUGGUGGCCGAGGCGAUAGCGGCGUAGUGGGCGAGGAAGCCGGCAUAGCAUUGGUUAGCAUACAUUCCGACUAUCCCCGCUACACCGAAGAACGUACCGGGUUGGUGUGCAAGGGUACCAGCUUAGUAGGUUCCAGUGGUAAUAUAACCGGCAGUAAACACAAGCCAAACGUCGGAUACAGACUGGGUAGGCGUAAAGCACUUUUCGAAAAACGAAAAAGAAUCAGUGAUUACGCUCUAGUGAUGGGAAUGUUUGGAAUUAUAAUCAUGGUCAUUGAAAAUGAGUUAGCAAGUGCAGGAGUGUACUCAAAAACGUCAUUCUAUUCUACUUCACUGAAAACGCUCAUAUCCGUAUCCACCAUCAUUCUGCUGGGAUUGAUCAUGGCUUACCACGCACUCGAAGUACAGUUGUUCAUGAUUGACAAUUGCGCGGACGACUGGCGGAUCGCGAUGACGUGGCAGCGGAUUGCCACCAUCACGAUGGAGCUGGUGAUCUGCGCGAUCCACCCGAUUCCCGGCGAGUAUUACUUCGAGUGGAAAACCAAGCUGGCCAACAAGCACGGAAAACUGGAGACCCGGUGGGUGCCGUACGACGUGCCGCUGUCGCUGCCGAUGUUUUUCCGGCUGUACCUCAUCUGUCGGGUAAUGUUGCUGCACAGCAAGCUGUUCACGGACGCUUCGUCCCGCAGCAUCGGCGCCCUGAACCGGAUCAACUUCAACACGAGGUUCGUGCUGAAGACGCUCAUGACCAUAUGCCCGGGCACGGUGUUGCUCGUGUUCAUGGUGUCCCUGUGGAUAAUCGCCAGCUGGACGCUCAGACAGUGCGAAAGGUUCCACGACGAGGACCACGCCAAUUAUUUGAACUCGAUGUGGCUGAUAGCCAUCACGUUACUCAGUGUAGGCUACGGAGACAUUGUACCAAACACGUACUGCGGACGAGGCAUCACGCUCUCCUGCGGUAUUAUGGGUGCCGGGUGCACAGCACUUUUAGUGGCUGUUGUGUCACGAAAGAUGGAACUGUCUAGGGCAGAGAAACAUGUCCAUAACUUCAUGAUGGACACUCAACUUACAAAACGACUGAAAAACGCUGCGGCCAACGUCCUUAGGGAGACGUGGCUGAUCUAUAAACACACCAGACUGGUGAAAAGGGUGAAUGCAGGCAGGGUUCGAACACACCAACGAAAAUUCUUGUUGGCCAUAUACGCGUUGAGAAAAGUUAAAAUGGACCAAAGAAAAUUAAUGGACAACGCAAAUACAAUAACAGACAUGGCCAAAACGCAGAACACUGUUUAUGAAAUCGUAUCAGACAUGAGUAACCGAUACGAUGCGUUUGAAGAACGUUUGGUGAAUCUCGAAGAUAAGCUAGUAGCUUUACAAGAACAGCUGGAGCUGUUGCCGGAGAUCCUGACCCGGUGCAUAGCGCAGAACCAGCAGAACCAGCAGUCGAACCAGCAGAACAACGCCGGCAAUCCGUCGUCGACGACGGAGUCCAGGCGCAACUUCCUGCACCCGGAAUCGGCGGCCGCGGUGGCCACCGGCGGCCUGAUGCAACCGUCCGUCUCGUCGCCGGCGGGCAGCAUGACCGGCGGCGUCGGCGGCGGCAAUCCGCUGAUGUUCCCGUCGUCUUCGGGAGCCUCGGGCGGCGACAUGAUGUUGGCCAUGAGCAACGGGUCGACGGUCAUGUCGCACUCGCGCAGCGUGCCGCCGACCGGCGCCGGCGGCGCGUCCCAUUACCACUGGCCCACCAGUCCCAUAUUGCCGCCCAUCAGCAGCCGGACGCCGCAUUUGGUGCCCGAGCCCAUCCAGCCAUCCAGCUGAGCCCACGCCCGACCGCCGCCCAUCGG